GAUCGAACUCGGGGACGGCGAUGUUGUCAACGUCUGAAAUCGCUCAAUGACAAUCCUUUUGGACAUUUGAAUGGGAACAUCUAGCUUCAUCAUCCUCCACAAGCUACAAAUUUACCAAUUGCAAACAACGGGGUGUUCGUUAUGGACUCGGUUAGCGAUUCCGAUGAUGACGGUCUCGGCCCUGGUCCGGCCGACAAGGACCUGGUCGUCAUCGUCUACGUACACGGUUUCAAGGGUACAGAUGUAACGUUCGAACAGUUCCCCGAACGUAUCAAACAUCUGGUUCAGACCACGUUACCUAGGGUCAAAGUUCGGAGUGAGGUCUUCCCUGUAUAUGAGACGAAAGGAGAUCUAAACCAUGCUGUAGAGCGGUUCGUUGAUUGGUUGACCGAGCUCACGGUUCAUGCCGAGGUCGAUCAUGCUCAAGCCGGAGGCAUAGGGAAGGCCAAGAUAGUCCUCUGUGGGCAUAGUAUGGGAGGAUUGUUGAUAGCCGACUCGGUAUUGCGCAUGCAAGCGCACAAGCAACACCCGGAAGAGCUCUUGUGGCCUAGGGUCAUCGCCGUCAUAGCGUUCGACACGCCUUACCUCGGUCUGCAUCCACAUGUCUUUAAAAACGGUAUCACCAAAUACAGCGGCCAUAUCGAGACUGCACGGACAGUCCUCUCUACCGUCUUUGGAUCAACAGAGACAGCCUCGGGUUCAUCAACACCUACCAAGACAGAGAGUCCGCCCGCAACCUCUGCCUCGACAUCUUCCUUCUUUUCCCUGCCAACCCGACAAUCCCUCUUGAAAGCUUCCGCCGUAGCUCUAGGUGGAGCUGCAGCGGUAGGAACAGCUUAUUGGCGGAAAGAUGACAUUCAAUUCGGUUGGAAGUGGGUCUCGGACCAUGCGGUCUUUGUGAGAAACCUUUGGGACGAUACGGGCAUGAAAAACCGGUUGGAAGGGUUGGCGGGAAUGGUCAAGCAUGGUCAACGGGACGGGAUCAUUUAUCGCAACUUCUAUACUCAUCUCCCACCUUUCCCACCACAACACCCAACAAGACGCACCUUCUGUCUACUCCCAUCCACGACCCACCCACUCUGGCCGUUCUGGAAACCGGUCACUUUCGAUAUAAGCAAGACCGAGGAUGAAGUGGCCUCGCAUCUGGGCAUGUUCAAUCCAAGGUCAAACAUGAGCUUUUACGAGCUGGGUCUGGAUGUCGUCAAGGCCGUUCAUGAAGCGAUGGAAGGGGUCACCCAGGAAGACCAAGCAGAACAGGACGUGGAGAUGGACUAAAGGGUGAUCGCACAGCGUCCAGCGUUGCGGGUCCGAAGUCGUUGCUAGAGUUGUAUAAAACCACAGUUGUAUCGUGAAGACUCGUCAGAUCUAGGUUUAGACCGUUGCUCAUGUUGACCACCAAGACACGGUCGGCAGCAAUGCUAUGAAGCAUGUCAGCCAUAUGCCGAUAGAUCCCAUGAAGCCUUCAGCCGAAAUGGUAGCCGAUGGGAAGAA